CACGUGCCGCCCCCGGCCCGGGCUCCGGGAAGGCGAAGGGGGGGCGGGGGCCACCGGAGCUUGCAAACGGUUCCGGCACCAACGGUGGCAACAAAGAAGACGAAUGACCCCCGUCCCGGGGCUCCGGGUGAAGGCAGGCGGAGGGCCCGGACCACACGGGGACCCAGUUCUGGGAAGCGAGGGCAAGGGCGCCCCGCGGGGGCGGUGGCGGCUGCGCCUGGCGCCGGGGCUCUGGCCGCCUGACAAAACCAUCCCCCGGAGCCAGGCGGCGGCGAGUCGGCGGCGGCUCCAUCCGGGGCUUUGCGGGAGGGGGAGGGGACGGAAGCCGAGAGGGCGGGCGGCGGAUCGGAGGGAGGGAGGGAGGAAGGGGAGGGGGGCGAUUCGCGUUCCGUUCCCCGUUGCCGGUCCCUCCCUUCUCGCCGCCACCGCGAAGUGCGUCCCGAGCGGCGGCGGCCGGUGAGCGUCCCGCGCUGGAGCCCUGAGAGGCAGGCCCGUCAGAUUUUUAAAAAAAUGGAUUUGGCCAACCAUGGACUUAUUCUCCUGCAACAGUUAAACGCUCAGCGAGAGUUUGGUUUCCUGUGUGACUGCACGGUUGCCAUCGGCGAUGUGUACUUCAAGGCACACAAAUCAGUUCUUGCUUCAUUCUCCAAUUACUUUAAGAUGUUGUUUGUCCAUCAGACCAGUGAGUGUGUCCGUUUGAAACCAACUGACAUACAGCCAGAUAUUUUCAGCUAUCUCUUACAUUUGAUGUACACUGGCAAGAUGGCACCUCAACUGAUUGAUCCUGUUAGAUUAGAACAGGGGAUCAAGUUUCUGCACGCCUACCCGCUGAUCCAGGAAGCCAGCCUGGCCAGCCAAGGAGCCUUUUCUCAUCCCGACCAAGUCUUCCCCCUGGCCUCUUCCCUGUAUGGCAUUCAGAUUGCAGAUCACCAGUUGAGACAAGCCACCAAGCUUGCCUCCGCCCCUGAGAAGCUCGGGCGGGAACCCCGGCCACAGCCGCCCAGGAUGAGCCAGGAGCAGGUGCCUGAGGCCUCCCAGCUCUCGCAGCUGACUUCAAACCUGGCCCAGGUGACUCGGACGCACCUGACUCCCUCGGACCCCCUGCAGACCUCGCUGUCUCCAGAACUCGUUUCCACUCCUGUGCCCCCCACUCCCGCUGGGGAGGAGGCCAAUCUGGAAGCCUCUUCCUCGGACGAGCAGCCAGCACCCCUCACCAUAGCCCACGUCAAGCCGAGCAUCAUGAAGAGGAACGGGAGCUUCCCGAAGUACUACGCCUGCCACCUGUGCGGCCGGCGCUUCACGCUGCGGAGCAGUUUGCGGGAACACCUCCAGAUCCACACGGGGGUCCCGUUCACGGCCGGCCAGCCAGGAGAAAGCCGGGCGCCCCUGUCUCUUUGUAGCAACGCGGCCGACCUGGGGAAGGACGCCAUGGAGGUGCCCGAGGCCGGGAUGGUCAGUGACAGUGAGCUGCCGCACAUCUCCGACUCCCCCAUCAUCGACGGGCAGCAGCACUCGGAGACGCCGCCGCCCUCCGACAUCGCGGACAUAGACAACCUGGAGCAGGCCGACCAAGAGCGCGAGGUCAAGCGGCGCAAGUACGAGUGCACCAUCUGCGGCCGCAAGUUCAUCCAGAAGAGCCACUGGCGGGAGCACAUGUACAUACACACCGGCAAGCCCUUCAAAUGCAGCACGUGUGACAAGAGCUUUUGCAGGGCCAACCAGGCGGCCCGGCAUGUGUGCCUCAAUCAGAGCAUCGACACCUACACCAUGGUGGACAAACAGACCCUGGAGCUCUGCACGUUUGAGGAAGGCAGUCAGAUGGACAACAUGUUGGUCCAGACCAACAAACCCUACAAAUGCAACUUGUGUGACAAAACGUUCUCGACUCCCAAUGAGGUGGUUAAACAUUCGUGCCAAAACCAGAACUCGGACGUUUUUGCCCUGGACGAGGGGCGGUCCAUUCUCCUGGGCAGUGGGGACUCUGAAGUCACGGAACCUGACCACCCGGUGUUAGCUUCCAUCAAAAAGGAACAGGAAACAGUGUUGUUAGACUGAAUGUGACCUACCUUUUUAAAAACUGUCAUUUUUACAGAGACUGUCUCCUCUCUCUUUCUCCGCCCUCCCCUCCCACCCCCCAGUUCAGAACCGUAGUUCUCCAUGGCAUGAUACAAACAGGUCCCCGGCCCCUCUGUCCCUCCCACCCCCUCCCUGUCCCCAGCCCUUCCUCCGCAAAGGCUUUGUGCAUUAUAAACCUGGAACAUACUUACUUCGAGUCAGGGGAUAUUGGAGAGGUAAUGGUCAGUAGUACUUAUAAGCUCAAAUAGAUUUUGAGACGUUUUAGAUUAUUUAAAAGCCUACUUGGAACUAAUGAAGGGUAUAUAACAAAACAAAACAACUAGAAUGCAAUUUGGUAAGCGAAAAUUAUGACUUUCCCUGGGUAAUAAGUCUUCCUUCUCAGAAAAUGGCAGAAAAUACAGCAUGCUUCUUAAAGAUACCGCUGGGCUCUGUACUAUGCAAAAUCUAGAAGGUGUGGGGAAACUUGAAACCCAAGCAAAUGUUCUUAGUAUUUUAUCCUCCAGGUCUUAUUUCAGAAUGCAUCCUUUGAGAUUAUGUCCAGUCAAGAAAAAUCAUUCGCUAAGAAAUCUACUUGAACAAAACACAAAAGAGAAAAAGUAAUAAUGUGAUGGCAAUCUUAAUUUUUGGAUAAAACAUGACAAAGCUGUGAGUUUGUGUGUUUGUAAGAGAAAACGUGUGGAUAUUUGCGAUAAACAGGUGUAUUAACGCACAUGCCUUAUCAAAUUGCUGGCUUCUUUCAAAGUUGAACAAGAACAAAAUUCUGUUUUAGUUUCUGAUAAAUCUGUUGGUUGUUUUUAAAAUCAGAUUUGAAAGUACUAUUCUAUAGAUUGUCUUUCUGAAUAGAAAACGACAUGCCAUUCCAGCAGCUGCCAGUGUUAAAUUUGUUUUAGCACCGACCGGCUGCUUUAAAUCAGUGUAUGUAUGCAGGAAAGUGCAUCUCAGAGGGGAGGUUGUGAGCAGAGCAUGUAGUAACUUUAAUGACUUUAAAUGUUAAUGCUGAUAGUUUACUGGCAAGAUUCAUUGAAGCAUCCAAAAUGGCAGAGAAAAAUCAGGACAAAAAAACCUAAUUGCUGUUUGGGGAAAAAACUUGAUUUUGAUGUUUCAUCUCCACCUUUUUUUUUUCCCUUUUUCUUUAAACACCUGAAAUUUUCCUCCAUUGGCCUGAAAGCAGUAAAACGCAUCCAUUAAUCUUUCCUUAGGCCAGUAACAGAAUGGUCUGACAGGACAAAACAGGAGCCAGAAAUAAGGACCGAAGGGAAAAGGGAAGUUAGCUGUGCUGUAUGUAUAUGUUUAAAACUGAAUAUCCCGUCAUCCUGUUUCAUGUAUAGUUGAGUUCUCAGAUUUGUAAGUUUUUAUACAUACUUUCAUUGAAUAAACAUUUAAUUAAAUGGGUA